GAACCAACACGCACGGUGUUGGUUCGCGAUCUCGCCGCACGAGGCCUCCAAAGUCAACGCUGGAUUUGUCUCUGGCUCCUGUAAACCCUUAACGGCCCUGACUCUAUGGCUUGUCCAAGACGUAAUAUUUCCAAAGUCAAUUCAGAACUUGCUUUUAGUUCUUGUAGACUUUUAAGAUUUAACCAUAAUGAGUAUCACGAAGUAUACAAAAGUGUUGGGAGUUUUUAAUGUCACAACGCGAAUAUUCAGCCGACGGUAUUUAUUUACAAAUACAAAGAUCAAUAUAACACAUUAUGAUACUUUGAGGAGAUAUUGUUCAUUCUUUUCACAAAAGCAGAUACAACUUAAAGAAAUAAAUACAGUAACUCGAGGUUAUGCUUCAAAUGGAAGAAAUAAAUAUAACAAAAUUGUAGGAUCUUGGUUACUCACAUGUGGCGGUAUGGUUUUUAUAGCUGUUACUUUAGGUGGUAUAACAAGACUUACAGAAUCAGGUUUAUCUAUGGUUACCUGGAAUUUGUUGGGAGAAAAGAUGCCUCUUAAUGAAACACAGUGGUUUUCAGAAUUUGACCGUUACAAGCAAUUUCCUGAAUAUAAAAUAAGCAACCAGAAUAUGACAUUGGAGGAAUUCAAACGUAUUUGGUGGAUGGAAUAUUUACAUAGAAUGUGGGGACGUUUAAUUGGUGCUGUAUUUAUAGUUCCAGCAUCAUGGUUUUGGUUUAGGGGUAUGCUAAAUAGCAGAAUGAAAAAACAAGUUCUUAUCUUAGGCUCAUUAAUCGGCCUGCAAGGAUUUUUAGGAUGGUAUAUGGUUAAAUCUGGUCUAGAAGAUCGUUUUACAGAACUUACUGAUAUACCACGAGUUUCACAAUACCGGUUAGCUGCGCAUCUCGGAUUGGCAUUGCUUAUAUAUAGUGGAUUUCUUUACAAUGCACUAGAUUAUUUGAUACCUGCUCAAAGACCAGCUAUUGAUCCUUCUAUCAAAGUUGUAAAUAAUACAAAAAAAGCAAUAAAGAGAUUUAAAAGAUUGAUUUAUACAACAAAAGGAUUCAUUUUUAUCACUGCCUUAUCAGGCGCUCUUGUAGCUGGAAUGGAUGCUGGUUUAAUUUAUAAUACUUUCCCAAAAAUGGCAGAUAAAUGGAUACCUGAUGACAUAUUUGCCAUAUCUCCUAUAUUGAAGAAUUUUACAGAGAAUCCAACUACUCUUCAGUUUGACCACAGGAUUCUGGGAGUUACUACCAUAGUAUUAAUAACUUGUCUGAGUAUUGUGUCACAUAGACACAAACUUCCUGGUCGAGGAAGACAAGCAAUAGCUGCGUUACUUUGCACUGGUUAUCUUCAAAUAUUUUUAGGUAUAUCAACUUUGUUAUAUCAUGUUCCUACAGCAUUAGCUACAUCUCAUCAGUCUGGUAGCCUUUUUCUUUUAAGUACUAUAAUUUGGUUAUGUCACGAAUUGAAGUAUUUAGGAAAAUUUGCUAAAUAAGUUUAUAAUAUAUAUAUAUAUAUAUAUAC